GUCUAAAGAUGGCGGCCUCGGCAGCGAGGAGUGUUGCAGCCCUGCGUACGAGUAUUAAUCGGCCUCUUGCUUUUGUCAGAAAAAUUCCUUGGACUGCUGGAUCGAAUGAGCUGAGAGAACACUUCGCACAGUUUGGCCGUAUACGAAGGUGCUUUGUAUUUUUUGACAAAGAGACGGGCUUUCAUAGAGGUUUGGGUUUGGUUCAAUUUUCUACAGAGGAAGAACUGCAGAAUGCACUACAACAGGAAAAUCAUAUCAUUGAUGGAGUAAAGCUCCAGGUUGAAGCUCCAAGAUCAAAAGUUUUGCCAGAGUACCAAACAUCAGAUGAAGAGAAAGAUUAAGACUAUUAUUAUACUUGUAAAUAAAGUUAACUGAGAAUUA